CUGUUUUGACCAAGGAUACAGAGGGCGCUGCCCAAUUCGUCUGGGGGGCCCCAGGGAGAGGGCGGGGGUGGGGGUGGGAAUUCUUUGUGCUGGGGCGUGUGCUGCGGGGGAGUAUCUGGGGACCAGAGGGCGAGUCACGUGCGCGUGAAACUAGACCUAGGGGGAGGGGAAGGGAAGGGAGCCCCCGCCCCCACCUCGGGGCGCAGCCCGGGACGGGUGUAAAUACAAGUAUUAACUCCGUGGAUCCGCUCCGCCUAUGCCCCGUCUCGCGGAUCGGGGGUGGCCGGCGGGUUCCCCGCUCCCCGACUUCUUCCGAGGGGGCAGAGGAGGCAAGAACACCAGACUGCGGCGCUGAGUCCCCGAGGCGGCCCGGCCCCGGCGCGCAGAGAAGUCCGAUAGCCCGUGCGGUUCGCAGCUGGGCCGCGCGACCACGGCCGCAGAGCGUGGACGCGCCGCGAAGGCGCUGCGCUCCCGGAGGCGUCAGCGGCCGCGGUAGGCGCGCUUCCCCCCACCAGAGGCUCGCGGCCAGCAUGGCCCCCACGCUGCAGCAGGCGUACCGGAGGCGCUGGUGGAUGGCGUGCACCGCGAUGCUGGAGAACCUCUUCUUCUCUGCCGUGCUCCUCGGUUGGGGCUCCCUGCUGAUCAUGCUCCAGAAGGAGGGCUUCUACUCCAUCCUGUGCUCAGCUGAGAACGCCACCAACACCACCCAGGAUGAGCAGCGGGAGUGGCUGAGCUGUGACCGCCAGGAAGAGAUGCUCAACCUGGGCUUCACCAUCGGCUCCUUCGUGCUCAGCGCCACGACCCUGCCGCUGGGGAUCCUCAUGGACCGCUUUGGCCCCCGGCCCACGCGGCUGGUUGGCAGUGCCAGCUUCGCCGCGUCCUGUGCCCUCAUGGCCCUGGCCUCUCGGGACACCAGAGUUCUGUCUCCGUUGAUAUUCCUGGCGCUGUCCCUGAAUGGCUUUGGUGGCAUCUGCUUAACGUUCUCUUCACUCACGCUGCCCAACAUGUUUGGGAACCUGCGAUCUACGUUCAUGGCCCUCAUGAUCGGCUCCUAUGCCUCUUCUGCCAUCACGUUCCCAGGAAUCAAGCUGAUCUAUGACGCUGGCGUGUCCUUCAUGGUCAUCAUGUUCACGUGGUCGGGCCUGGCCUGCCUCAUCUUUCUGAACUGUGCCCUCAACUGGCCCAGCGAAGCCUUUCCUGCUCCCGAGGAAGUCAACUAUACGAAGAAGAUCAAGCUCAGCGGACUGGCCCUUGAUCACAAGGUGACAGGUGACCGCUUCUACACCCAUGUGACCAUUGUGGGCCAGCGGCUGAGCCAGAAGGCCCCCAGCCUGGAGGACGGGGCUGAAGUCUUCAUCUCAUCCCACGAUGUUCGUGGCAUCUCAGAAAGCCCUCCUGAGAAGUCUGUCCCCUUCCGCCAGAGCCUCUGUUCCCCCAUUUUCCUGUGGAGCCUUCUCACCAUGGGCAUGACCCAGCUGAGGGUCAUCUUCUACAUGGCCGCCAUGAACAAGAUGCUGGAGUACCUCGUGACUGGUGGUCAGGAGCAUGAGACGGACAUCCUGAGAAAAAGGGCGGCAGAGACAGUUGGGUUCUACUCCUCAAUCUUUGGGGCCAUGCAGCUGUUGUGCCUUCUCACCUGCCCCCUCAUUGGCUACAUCAUGGACUGGCGGAUCAAGGACUGUGUGGACGCCCCCACUGAGGGCAGUGCCCUCGGAAACGCCAGGGAUGGGGUUGCCACCAGGUCGGCCAGACCGCGCUACCGCAAGAUCCAGAAGAUCACCAAUGCCAUCAACGCCUUCACCCUGACCAACUUCCUGCUGGUGGGGUUUGGCGUCACCUGCCUCAUCAAUAGCUUACACCUCCAGUACGUGACCUUUAUCCUGCACACCGUGGUUCGAGGUUUCUUCCACUCAGCCUGUGGGAGCCUCUACGCUGCAGUGUUCCCGUCCAACCACUUUGGGACGCUGACGGGUCUGCAGUCCCUCAUCAGUGCUGUGUUUGCCCUGCUCCAGCAGCCGCUUUUCAUGGCCAUGGUGGGACCCUUGAAAGGAGAGCCCUUCUGGGUGAAUCUGGGCCUCCUGUUAUUCUCACUCCUGGGAUUCCUGCUGCCUUCUUACCUCUUCUACUACCGUGCCCAGCUCCAGAGGGAGUACGCCACCGACUGGGAGGGCCCAAAGAAGGUGCUUGGAAGCUCCGAGGUGACUGCCUAGAUCCCUGCAGCCAAGGGACCCGGACGACAGGCCAAGGCCUGAGCUACCAAAGGGAAUGCCUUGCCGGAGUCCGGCUCCAGCGGGUCCAGGGGUUCCCGAAGGAUGAACGGCGUCGGCGAAAAAGUGAAAAUAAAACUAGAAUAAAAAACUAAAAUAAAAACGGACACAGACA